AAACUUGCCAACCCCCCCCCCCAAAAAAAAAACCCACUAUAGCUUCACUUUAGGGGCGCCAUAAGUCGUCAUAAUCAUAAUAAUACCGGCAACUUUUGUUUCUUUCCUGCCUCGAGGGGAGGUACAAGGCAUUAAAAUGCAAAACACAAUUAAAGACGCACAAGUCCAGAGUUAAAGUACGACACUUUAAAACCAUUAAGGUGUGCUCGAAAGAGUACAUAUAGAAUUUAAAAGUGAUGAUUUAAAGCUAGAAGAGUAGGGAAAGAUGCCAGCCCCCAUUGGGAGAUAGAGAGGCAGUGCGCUAACACUGUACAGUGUAGGAAAGUGUGUUGGAAUAGGCAAAGAGAAGGACGAUGCAUGAUGCGCAUUUCUGCCCCAUACAUGUGUGCCUUUUGUGCCUUCAAGUUGUUUCUGACUCAUGGAGAGCUUAAGGUUAAGGCGAACGUAUCGUAGGGUUUACUUGACAACGUUUGUUCAGACAAGGUUGGCAUAUAAGCCACCCAUUAUCCCUCCUCCCUCUUCUUUCCCUACAGAAAGAAUAUACAUAUACAUCCCUACAGAUGUUUUUUGCCUUUCUGUUUUAUACAAUGUCACAUUAGACAUGCUCCUCCCUCUCUCCACGUUUUACGUUGUUCUGGUGUCUCCUUCCAUCACUUUUCACACCUGUGUCCAUGAAGUAUUAAGUACCACUGCCAGUUCUUGGCUCUCUCUCUUUCUUUCUCUUUCCCCUGAUGUACUGUGUAACGCUGUUAGGAUGCAACACAGCACUCCUCUCUACCCCAGAAGUGCCACCACUCUUUUUACAACCUGCUCUCAUAGGCCAGGAUCCUACUGCCCUUUUAGUCUAGUGCAAGUAUACACCAGCAAAGUUAGGCAGGGUCCUACAGUAGCACAGCCGCGUAUGUAACAAGGGCCACAGCCUUGAGCUCACCCAUUGUACAGUGAGAAUUUAGCUUCCCACCCACCAAACCAAAAGUCACAGAGUGUUGUCUGUGUGUGUCUUUGUGAAACAGUUGGCUACACUAGGAACUGUAUGUGCCCAGCUUUUUUUGCUCUAUCAUAGUGCCCCAGAAGACAUAAACUGCAAACUCUUUGUUUCUUCAUUUUAUCUCAUCUCUGCACUAAACAGCUGAUCUCGCAAUCUGCAUCCACUCCCAGGAACAUGGAUGCUUCAGCUUUCCAUGCCUCCAUCACAUUUAACUCUCUGACUGGAUUUCUAAAUUAAUGCUGUCUUGCCAACUUUGAUGGGAAAUUUUCCUUCCCCUCUCUGCCACUAAUAGCCUGAGAUUGCUUUCCCAUUCUCCCAAAACACCUGCAUCCCUUUCAUGCUCCCCCUUUCCCUGUUCAAAGUCCAGGGGUACUAUAAUGGUUGACAUUGCAGCACGAGUUUUUGAAGCGAACUUAUCCAUGUUUUAUUCAUUAUUCGUGUUUUAGUCCUGGUGAAACAUUGCUGACAUUCUGGGUGGAGUAAGCACUCCCUCUGAAAUACUAGCUGUCUGGGUGUGUUGCUGGAGUUGGCUUUACUCCAGGUUGUGGUUGUGGCCAAAAAGCGCUUUUGUACAGUUUAGAUCGAUGUGCAAGCUAAAGAAGUGUUGCUGUGAAGAGAACUCACUAUCGCACACGCUUUUGUCACAUCCAGGUUGGACUAUAUAAGACUACCUUUGAAGGUAACUGCAGACUGCUGCUAUCUACCUCUUGACAGGGCCUUUUUGAUUGAACAUUACUUCAGUUUUGUUUCAUUGGCCCUGAUUCCCAGUCUGUUCCUAAACCCAGUUCCAACUGUUUAAAACCACUUUAAGGACCUAAAAUGUUUAGUCCUGGUGUUUUUAAAGGACAGCUUGUUCCCUUAUGACACUGUCCAUCUUUUAAGGUGGCGGUGCAGGCAAGAAGUGGGGAGAUUUUGCAUCUCUUUGCUUUGUGUGCUGGGUGUUAUGUAGGAUAGUAUUGGUAGCACGUAAGGUUUGUUACUCCCUCAUCUUGUAGACGAUGGAUGGAAUCCUGUAUGGGAGUUGCAUCUUCAUAAGUGGACUUAUGUCGGUAGGAAUUAGAAUUGCAAAGGUGUGCAACAUCCUUAUUCAGUAGAGGGCUGUUGUUGCAUAUCUGUGUAGCAGAGCCGGCAAAACGACUGAUGAACAAUGGGAUCCUAAUGCACUUCAGUCACUUGCUGGUGUGCUGUUGCUCAUCUUCACAAUUCACUAACAGGGUUUCUUAGCACUUCUGCUACAUAAUUAAGCGUACGGAAAUGUACAUUUGAAUGAAAGGCCAUAUAGGAUUCCAGUGCUCAUCUUUCUUGACUUGAAGAAAGUCUUUUUUUCCCCUUGACUUCUAGACAGUGUGGUCAAUUUUCUCUCAGUUGGACUUUAAUGCUUAAUCAUCAUUAUCUCAUUUCAUAUAUGUUCUUCCUCUUCCCUCAGGAUUGGGACUGAAGUCAGUUUAUAAAUUAAAGCAGAUUUUAAAAAUAGCUUAAACUUAAGAAAGAUGCCCAUGAAACCGUAUUAAACUAUCAAUAACAUAAAAUAAAAAAUCUUCUGAAUUCAGUUGUGUUGACACUGGCUGUUGUUUUUAUUGUUGCUCUCUUUAUGAUGUUUGUAUUUUGUAAUAAAUUUGUUCAUUUUGGUACCUGUCUUCUGGCUGAAAAGCAACAAAGAUUGAGGUCUCAGAAUUCAGCACUCUACAAUAAACAGUUUCCUUCUCAUUGCCAUUGGAAAUACACAGUGGACAACUUCCUUCAUCCUCUGGAGAAACGUCCUCCAAAUUGGAAACCACCAGACUUGCUGGAUUAUGACUCCCAUUACAUAUAGCCAGGGUAUCCACUGGCCAUUCUGGACUGGGAUAAAGCGUGGCAGUCAUCACAUCUGAAAGACACUAGGCUGGGUAGGGCCACUUCGGAGCCCCAAAGCCUGUUGCGUAUCUUAACAUUAUGAGUUGAGUAUGAGCACAGCUGAAGAAGAGUCUGACACAGUGACAGUAGAAACCGUGAAUUCUGUGACUUUGACCCAAGAUACUGAAGGGAACCUUAUUCUUCACUGCCCUCAGGAUGAGGCAGAUGAAAUAGACUCUGAAGACAGCAUCGAACCUCCCCACAAAAGGCUUUGCUUAUCAUCUGAAGAUGACCAGAGUAUCGAUGAUACAACCCCAUGCAUUUCUGUUGUUGCACUUCCAAUUUCAGAAAGUGAGCAGAGCUUUGAGGUGACUAUGACUGCUACCACUGAGGUAGCUGACAGUGAGAUUAAUGAAGGAACUGUAACUCAGAUCCAGAUUCUCCAGAAUGAACAACUGGAUGAAAUUUCUUCUCUAAGCAAUGAAGAUGUGUCAGCAGUUAGUCAGGCCUGGUUUACAACCAAAGAAGAUAAGGAUACUUUAACAAACAAAGGUCAUAAGUGGAAGCAAGGAAUGUGGUCAAAAGAAGAAAUUGACAUUUUGAUGAGCAACAUUGAACGCUAUUUAAAGGCACGUGGAAUAAAAGAUGCCACUGAAAUAAUCUUUGAGAUGUCAAAAGAUGAAAGAAAAGAUUUCUACAGGACCAUUGCAUGGGGUCUGAACCGGCCUCUCUUUGCUGUUUAUAGAAGAGUGCUUCGCAUGUAUGAUGACCGAAACCACGUUGGCAAAUACACCCCUGGUGAAAUUGAAAAGCUCAAGGAGUUAAGGAUAAAACAUGGUAAUGACUGGGCAACCAUAGGAGCGGCUCUUGGAAGAAGUGCUUCUUCAGUAAAAGACCGAUGCAGGCUGAUGAAGGAUACCUGCAAUACGGGAAAAUGGACAGAAGAAGAAGAAAAGAGACUAGCAGAAGUAGUACAUGAAUUAACUAGUACAGAACCUGGUGACAUUGUCACACAAGGUGUAUCCUGGGCUGCAGUGGCAGAACGAGUUGGAACACGGUCUGAAAAGCAGUGCCGUUCAAAAUGGCUCAACUAUCUCAACUGGAAACAAAGUGGGGGCACAGAAUGGACUAAGGAGGAUGAAAUAAACUUGAUCCUUAGAAUAGCAGAGCUAGAAGUAUCUGAUGAAAAUGAUAUCAAUUGGGACCUGCUGGCUGAAGGCUGGAGCAGUGUGCGCUCACCACAAUGGCUUCGCAGCAAAUGGUGGACAAUCAAGAGGCAGAUUGCGAACCACAAAGAGGUUUCAUUUCCUGUUCUUAUAAAAGGUCUGAAACAGCUUCACGAAAGUCAAAAAAACACUCCAGGGCACCAGCUUUCAGAGAAUAAAUCCUUGCCUGGGUUGCCAAGCAAUCAUUCCAGUUCUGGCGUUCAGCAUGUGCAGAUUCGAGUGGCUCGCCUGGAUGACAAUUCAAGCCAUUCCUCAGGGCCCAUGGCAGCGUUACAGAUUCCAGUCCAGAUUACCCAUGUCUCUUCUGCUGACUCCCCUUCUGCUUCUGUUGACUCUGAGACCAUAACACUAAAUAGUGGAACACUACAGACCUUUGAGAUUCUGCCAUCUUUUCAUCUACAGCCCACUGGAACUCCAGGGACUUAUUUACUCCAAACAAGUUCUAGCCAGGGUCUGCCUUUGACACUUACCACCAGUCCAACUGUGACCUUAACAGCUGCUGCUGCACCAGCCUCCCCAGACCAGAUUAUCGUCCAUGCCUUAUCCCCAGAGCACUUGCUGAACACAAAUGACGUCACAGUACAGUGUCACGCACCAAGUGUCAUAAUUCGCACUGUUGCAACUGAAGAGAUAUCUCCAUCAGUAACGCAGGCAGAACUUGCUGGUGAUUCAGACAUUCAUCCAGUUGACCUAGUGGACACUCCAACUUCCUUGGAAACAGAUGCCUUUCCAGAUGACAUCCACCAAUCCAAGUUGGCUGUUGGGGAGCAGUCCACUUACAGUGAAGAUGACUCAUCUAAAUUUAGUGAGAGAAAUAGCACUGAACUCAUUGAUAGAGUCAUGGGAAGAACAGAAGAGAUUUUGAAUGCAGGCCUCAAGCGUGAAGAUUGUCAGUCUGAUUUGGCUGGACCAUACGUUUCUGAGGGUCUCAGUUCUCCCACAGUAGAAGAACAAGUUCAACAGUCUACCAUGGAUGAAACUGUCCUCAUUGUACCUUCUCCCCAUGGCUUUAUCCAGACAUCAGAUGAUAUAGACAGUGAACCAGUCUUGCCUUUAACUACACUAACAGAUCCUAUAUUACAGCACCAUGGAGAGAAUUCCCAUAUCAUUGGAUCUUCUCUGGAUAGUCCUGGUUCAGAAGACUCCAAGGAUGUUGAAGACCUAGUCAGCUGUCACUAAACAUGGUUUAUAGUGUGACUUUGGUGUCAUGUUAAACAGCUGUCUGUAACCCCUAUACUGUACCACCUUUCCAAAGAAAGCACCUACGGAGAUAGCAUGUUACAGGCACAGCUGAUCAAAGCCAAGGUUUUUGUCUUUCAUCAGGGGUUCUUGGAAGAGCAACCAAAUUGGGCACUGAGGGAUUUUGUGCUGUGCAUCAACAUAUAGUAACAUGAGACAGUCUACAAAGAGGGAAGUAGUUUUUUCACUUUGUGCAUUAACUUUCAUAUUUCAGGACAAAGGAAUAGUCCUGCAGUAACUACAGAAACCAGUGAAUGUCACUAGAAAAGCUAUUUUCCCCAAUACUGUUACUUCCAGUAUGUGCAAACAGUAUUACCGUAUUUUCUGGUGUAUAAGACGACUGGACGCAUAAGAUGACCUCCAAGUCGUGUGCAGGCAGCGCCCUGGCCUACUAUAGGCCAAAUUAAGGAGGUCUGGCGCCCACACGCACUGGCUUGAGGGGGCCUCUGUGGAGGCCUUGGAAGGCGGGUGUCACAAGUGGCAGUAGGUCCUCCCGCAGUCCGGCCCAAAAAGGCACUAGACGCAGCAGAAGAAGCUGAUGGAGUGGAGUAUCCCAAGCAGUGGCGGCGGGGGCAAGGCAUAAGGGGCCAGCUCUUUCCCUCGGCCUGACCAUCCCUCUCCUGCCAGACCGGCUCUGAAGCCACUUCUCCACCACCUUUUCCGGCUUCCAGCCCCCAAAACCAGCAACGGUGGCGAGAAAAAGAGAGCCUGGCUGCAGUGCCUAUUGAGAUAGGAAACCACAAGGGUCCCCCCCAAGACAGCGUGGUGGCUAUGCCAUUCACCUGUCUCUGUGGAGGCCGCCAAACACAACCCAGUGUAUAAGAUGAGGGUAAAAAAUCAUCUUAUACGCUGGAAAAUGCAGUACACUGCUCAGUUCACAUAUGUGACCUCAGUAGUUAUUAAAUAAUCUGUUGCUGGCAAUGGAUGAUAGGUAAAGAGUUAUU